AACAGUCAACCAUAUAUAAAGAAUCUAGAAGGCGAUUUCCAUCACAACAAAACUCAACAUACAACAUGAUCGCCAAACUACUCUUAGCCAGUUUAACCAUCUACUUCUGUCUUGAAGUUAGCUCUGGUCAACAUGCUACUGGACUCAUUCCUCCACGAGAAGCACAAAGACAUGCCACUGGAUUAAAGUGAGUUAAAUUUUAAAAAAUAUAUAUUUCAAUUUUUUAUGUGUAUAUAUUUAGCCCCAAUAGAGAACAACAACAGUACGCCACUGGUUUAAAUCCGAAACCAAAGGCUGAAAGACCAGUUAGAGAAGCACCUACCUUGAAACUAUCUAAACCGCAUCCUACUGGUUUUAAGUAAGUGAAAUAUAUAUAUAACCUACAAUAUAAUCAUCUUUUUAAUUAUUUUCAGCCCUCAUGAAGAGCAUGUGGUAAAAGGAACUGUUUCUAUUGAUAAAAAAGAACCUCAAAAGCAUUAAACAGAAGUAUGGGUUUUAUUUUUUAAAACUACUUGAAUUAUAAUCAUUAUCUUCACUAAAUCUAUUAAUAGAUCUUUAUUUUAUUCAGAACUGUUUUUUAUUUAAUCAAAUCAAACCUUUAAAAUAUUUAUGUUACUGCUAUCUAUUGUGAAUUAUACGAAGAUUCUAAGUAUCAAAUAAGUUAAUAGAUGGCGCACGACAAAUAACUUAAUGAAUUAUAAAAAAUAAAAAUGUUUAAUACGCUUUGUUCACGGCCUUAAUUCCGAGUAAUUCGGUUAGCUCAGUUUUUAUUACUGAAAAUUCAGAACUGAGCUAAUCGCGAGUGCCAAUUUUGACAGUGUGCAUACUACAGGUCUCUAAUAAAGUGAUUCGAAAUCGGUUCUGCGAAUAACACUAUUAUUUCACUUGCGUAAAACCAGAAAUAUGAAUCAAAAUGCUCAAUUAUCAUAUAUAUCUCAAAGACUAGAACUGUUAGUAAUGUACACUGUCACUAUACUAAUUCGAACACUAUAUGAAAUUUUUUAGUUGUUUUUCAGAUUCAAAUUUAUAUGAUUAUUACACAAUAACCAUUUAGAUAUUUAUAAAGAAGACAGAAAUUGAUCAUUUUAUAUGGAAAACGUACUACAGGUUUUAUACAUUUCAUUCUCCGUUGAUGAAAUUAAUAAUGGUUAACAAAAGUGUUUGUUAUAUUACGAUGUAUGCGUUCGUUGUAAACUGAUGACUGAUUGACAUUGACAUUAAAUUGACAUUGUUAUUUAAAGCUUCGUUUGAUAUUUUAUUCAUUAGAUGACACUUCACCGAAUGGUAAGACGUGAUGACAAAAAAAGAAUUUAAAGAACGUUGUAUGUUAAUGUGUGAUUAUUUACAAAAUUCCGUAGGUCACACAACUCUUAAAAAAAACAAUAAUGCAAGUGACAUGUCACUUUUAACAUGGAACGUCAAAUUAAUAAUUAAAACAACUUGAAAUUAUAAUAAAAUAAUCUAUAACAAUUUAUGUCUGUUGAAUUGUAUUAGUAAUUAAUUCUAAUGAAAAUGACUAUGACUUGUAGUCAUGUGGCUGUUGCAGAAAACAUUCCAAUUUCUACAUUAUUAAAUAUUAAGGAGUUGAUUUGUUCAGAUUGUGAUUGUCGUGGCCCAAAUUUGUGGAUUUGUUUACAUAAAAAUUGUCUAAGGAUAGGGUGUGCUGAAAAAUCCAAUGAUCAUAGUACUUUACACAAUGUGAAUAACCCCUCACAUUGUGUUCAUAUGAACUUAUCGACGAAUAGAAUAUGGUGUUAUGAAUGUAAAAGAGAGGUUUUCAUGUAUACCCAAAGUUAUGACAGUGAUCAAGAAGUUGAAACAUACACUGCAAGAUCCAAAGAUUCAGGACACGGUAGUUACAGUACUUUACGUACCAACACACCAGAAAGAGUUUCGGUUCCUGUGCUGGAUAGGGCGGCAAGCUUAACAGUAGGCAUGAGUGGUGACGGUUCAGAUUCUAGUGAAGGAGACGUUGAAGAGGAUUACCCAGACUAUGCACAAGAACGUCCUUGCGGUUUGGUAGGACUUCAAAACAUAGGCAACACUUGUUAUAUGAAUGCCGCCUUGCAAGCUUUAAGCAACACCAAACCUCUAACGAAAUUUUUCCUGGAAUGCAGUUACAUGGUACAUUUAUUGAGUGAUGGAAAGAAACCUGGAUUGAGUCGCACCUAUCAAGCUUUGAUGAGAGAUAUUUGGAUAAAAAAUAUUACUCAAGGUUACGUUUCACCAUCUGGGAUAUUGUAUGGUAUAAGAAACGUACACGCGAUGUUUAGAGGGUAUCAACAACACGAUACGCAGGAAUUUUUGAGGAAUUUCAUGGAUCAAUUGCACGAAGAGCUUAAACAAGUCGCUCCGUUCGAACCACCGAUGUUAUCAUCGCCGAAUUGGAAUUCCGGUAACCCCGAUGCAGAUACUUUCAGUUUAGCUAUGGAAGAACCAAUUUCUGCACCAUUUGUCAGUUCGGGUUACGAUUCCAGUGAAGGGGAAUAUGAAACGUGUGAUUCUGGAGUGAGCGAACGUUCUAGUUUGAGCGACGACACCGAAAGACCGCCGAAUAAUGCGAAACGGAGAUUGAGUAGAUGCGGAAGUCCGAACAGGAGACAAAGGCAGAGGUUGCAUAGUAAUUCUGUCAUCGAUAGUCAACCGACAACUUCGAAAGUAUCAAAUAAUAAGAAACAACCAAAGUAUCGUUCCAUAAUAUCUGAUAUAUUCGAUGGGAAGUUGUUGUCAUCUGUGCAAUGUUUGACUUGCGACAGGAUAUCUAGUAGGAUAGAAACGUUCCAGGAUCUUUCGCUUCCCAUUCCUUCUAAGGAUCAUCUGGUAGUUUUACAUGGGCGCACUUCAGUCCAAUCUACAGGUGUAGGUGCUACAUGUUCAGAAGCUUUAAUGCCCGUACAAGACGGUUGGGUGUCUUGGAUAUGGUCGUGGUUCAGGAGUUGGUUCUAUGGACCAACGGUAACCUUACACGACUGUUUAGCCGCAUUUUUUAGCACAGAUGAAUUAAAAGGGGAUAAUAUGUACAGUUGCGAAAAGUGUAAUAAAUUACGAAACGGAAUUAAAUUCAGUAAAGUUUUACAAUUGCCUGAAGUGCUUUGUAUACAUUUGAAACGAUUUAGGCACGAAUUGAUGUUCAGCAGUAAAAUUUCAUCCGUAGUCAGUUUCCCAUUGAAAGGUUUGGAAAUGAGGCCCUACUUACACACCGAUUGUGUAUCUAAGGUAUCAUCUUACGAAUUAUUUUCCGUUAUAUGUCACCAUGGUACAGCCGGCGGUGGCCAUUAUACUUGUUUCGCUUUAAAUUCCGGUCAAUGGUACGAGUUCGAUGAUCAAUACGUUACCAAAGUUUCACCGGAUAAAGUACAAAGCUGCGAAGCUUACGUACUUUUUUAUCAAAAAGUCAGUACCACCGCUGAUGUAGUUAGAGACGCAGCCGAAAGGAUAUUAGAGUCUACACCGGAAACUAGAAUUGGAGAGAGCGUUAAAAGGACUUAUAUAUCAAGACAGUGGACGAAUCGGUUUUAUUACUGCGCCGAACCGGGAGCAAUAGACAACUCGGAUUUUUUGUGCCAACACGGUGCAGUCGACCCCGAACACGACAUCGAUAUCCACAAAAUCGCCAUGGUGGUGCCUUACGACGUUUACCAAUAUUUACACAGUAGAUUCGGCGGAUGUCCCCCCUUUACCGACUUAACAGUAUGUCCCGCCUGUUUGGCGAUGCAAAAUCGACUUUUAUACGAAAUGGAAACGUUUUUACAAGUUAGUCGAGAGGCUCAAGCGUUAACCGCCCCUCAAACGCAUUAUAUGUCAACUUCUUGGUACACCCAGUGGCACAAUUUCGUGCAAAAACGAAGUCGAGAACCUCCAGGACCGAUCGACAAUUCGAAAAUCGAUCCGGAACAACUGGAUCUCGAAGAAGCUGCGGAAGUACCGGAAAGUUUAUGGAAAUUCUUCCAUAACAUCUAUGGUGGCGGACCUGAAAUUAGAAUAACGCCGACGGAUCGAACUGAAAGUCCUAAUUUUCGAACGAAGUAUCCUGAAAAUGUGGAUAGCGAAGAAAGUAUACCGGAUGUGGUCGAUAAACGAUCGUACGCGGUGAAAGGACGCGAGAAUUGGAUAAAGGAAGAUAAAAGCGUUUACGGACAAGGCGAACCGAUAGAAAUCAGAGAUGAUGCCAAACACGAAGACAGUACAAAUGAAGAUGCAAAAGAAUUGGGUAAUAAUGUAGAAAAUAACGUUGAAAUGAGUGUAGAAGAUGACGGAGUAGUCAGCAGUGAUUCUGUUAAAAUGCCAAAUAAUUAUGUAGAUAACCUUUCGGAGGAUACGGAAAAAGAAGAGAAAGAAAAAGCGGAAGUCAGACCUCACAAGCGGCAUAGGAGAAGAAGAAAAAAUUGAUGUACAAUAAUUAAUGAUAAAUAUGCGAUGAAUUAAAAAUUUUUCGACAACGUUUAACAAAAAUUGUGUUUUUUUUUGUUUAUUUUGUGUAUUUUGUGGAGGAUGAUGUAUGGGUGAAUAUAUUGUAAGAUAUUUUAAAAAAAGUUCUAUAUAUAUAUAUAUAUAUUUGUGUCAAUUUGUUGGAUUAUUUAUUUUAAAUAAACGGCAAUAGGUUUUGUUUUUUGUUUAAAA